AUGUCACGUCCAGUCACAUCUCAAUACGCUCAGAAGUACCAUGUCAACUUUGGCACAUCCAGAGAGCGUGAAUUCUAUAAGUAUUUACCGCCGUACCAUCUCAAACCACACGCCUUACACCAUAUUGGCCCCAUUACACCAUCAAAUGAACAUGUCGCUCGAUCCUCGGUGGACCCGGUCCUGACAGCAUUCGCCCAACUAGGCACCUUACGACUGAAUGCGCAGCGUUCGUUGAUCUCGCUCUUCGGUCGAAAUGAACAACAUAUUCUCACAGAAGCCACUCGAACCCUCAGUCUGCAAGAUGAUGGUGACCACAAUGCCCGAGAUGAGCUUUGGGUUGGGAGCUGUACUAUGUCAUAUGACCGCAGCUUGUGUAAAUCGGUUAUGAAUUCUACGCCAAAUACGUCAAACCCCAGGGAAGGCGUCUUUGUUGUGCCCAAUCUUGCUGAAGAUAACGCAUUCAAGGACCAUCCGGAUGUGACUACAUUCCCAAACAUUCGGUUUCUGGCAUCGAGUCCUAUCAUCAGUCCCAAAGGCGUGGUGAUUGGAUCCUAUACAAUUUUGGACAACCAACCUCACGACGCUCCGGACGACAAGUCACUCCAGUUCCUGGUUGAUAUUGCAGCUACCGUCAUGAAUUACUUAGCAACUAGUCAUUCAAAAGUCCAACAUUUCCGCAGUGAGCGCAUGAUGGUUGGUCUUGGAAGUUUCCUCGAGGGAAAAGGCAGUCUACGUAACUCAUGGGUUGUCGACACCGACGUUCCUCAGACCACCUCUGGUGAUAUGGACCAUGCAGAGGGACAUGUCAAUCGAGAGCAGCAGGAAAAACAAAUUUCGCAAAACGUGGCUCAGGCCGCGGCUCAAAAUGAUGCACCAAGCCAUCUCCCUUUUCGUCCAUACAAUCUUCAUAUCCCUAGAAACAAGACCCUACAGGGGGAUAAGGAGAAAUAUCGGUCACUUUCCAACUCGAGCACCAGCCAGAGGGAUGCCAGGGCCUUAUUAAAACUCAAAGAAGCAUCUCAAGCGGCCAUGACAGUCGACAACGAUCAGUCAAGGCAGCAAUCACCGAAGGAUGAUUAUACUGCCAAAGUGAAUGAAACAUUUGGACGCGCAGCCAACCUCAUCCGCGAGAGUAUCGAAGUUGAAGCAGUUGUCUUUUUCAACGCCAAUUUCGGCUCCCAGGAAGCUUUGGUGGACAAUGCGAAGUCUGACACGGAAGGCAGUAGUUUUGAAAGCUGUUCCUCGGGCGAUGAGGCCACAUUCCGAAGCUCCCCCAAACGUUCCUCCCCAGAUCGGGAUUUUCUUGGCCCAGAGCAGGCUACAAGCUCAGGCAAAGCUACCUUGAACCCAUGCGAGAUACUCGGAUUUGCCACUUCGAAUGCCUCUAGCGUCAAUGGCCAGCUGACGGAGGAUAACAAAAUCGCAUUAUCGGAGUCAUUUCUUGGGGGUCUUUUGCACCGAUAUCCUCGGGGCAAGAUUUUCAAUUUUGGCGAAGAUGGAACCGUCUCAUCUGAUGACACCGGUGACGGCGUAAUCAAACGAUUUUUGCGACGCCCCGGGGCAAGAAGAUGCUCAGACCUUGCUUCAACUUGCCCCGAGUCUCGAAGCAUCAUCUUCUCGCCUUUAUGGGAUUCACACAAGGGUAGAUGGUAUUCGGGGGCUCUGACGUGGACGAAAGCGCCCCACCGUGUCUUCACAUCGAAUGAUGAGUUAGCAUUCCUCGUGACAUUCGGAACGAGUAUUAUGGCAGAAGUGCACCGACUCGGUUCUCAUUUUGCCGAUCGAGCAAAAUCAGACUUGCUCUCAGGUCUCAGUCAUGAACUUCGAUCCCCUCUGCAUGGCAUUUUUGGUACAGCAGAGCUUUUCAGUGACACCGUUAUGGACGCGCUGCAACGAGGAUUUAUUCAUACGAUUUCUUCUUGUGCAUACACACUACUGGGCUCGAUCAAUCAACUCCUCGAGUAUGCUAGUAUCAAUGAUGUUCGACCGAACCCUGUUGCCAACCCUCCGGGUGGCGGUGUUUAUAAAAUUUCUGUCGACCGGAAAGUGGCCGCAGCCCACCGAUCUUCGCAUUCUUCACAUUCUGGAGAAAAUGGUGUCAAUACUUGUGUCGAACUUGAUGCUACCUUGGAAGACGCGGUUGAAACUGUUUUUGCGGGCUAUUCCUUCUUCAGCAGUUCAGGGUCUCCUCUUCGGGGUAUCGCUGGCGCUUCUACAUUGGCUGGCAAACAGCCAGAUACACGGGGUGGGGUUAAGGUGGUUUUGGAUAUUGACCGCACCCACAGUUGGAAGUUUUCAACGCAGGCUGGGGCUUGGCAUGUCAUCCUCACGAAUAUCUUUGGGAAUGCCUUGAAAUUCACUCAAAGAGGUUAUAUCUACGUCUCUAUGAAGGCCUCUCCAGCGAAAUUCGGAAAAAGUGGCGACAUCACAAGCUCAGCAGUCACCGUGACUGUGAAGGACACUGGAUCUGGGAUUGACCCAGAUUUUCUGAAGAACGGACUAUUCACUGCUUUCUCACAGGAAGAUUGCAUGACAACCGGCAAUGGUCUUGGGUUAAGUAUCACACGACGGAUACUCUUAUCGCUUGGCGGUGAUAUCCAGGUCAACUCCGAGAAGAAUGUUGGCACUGAAGUCGUGGCAACUGUGACCCUUGAUCAUGCGUCUGCUCUGGACAACCUCGAUAAGUUGAAUAGUCACUCUCCCAUCACUAUGGCGCAAAGGCUUGCGCGCGGAAAGACUAUUGGGAUCUUAGGCCCCGGAACUUCUGAAUCAGACACAGCUUUAUCCAUAUCGUUACAAAAGCUGUGUCAAGACUGGUUCUCCAUGGAAGUCCGUCUAAUUGAGUCCUCACAAACACAUUUCGCCCACUGUGACUUAUACAUAUCUUCUCAUGAAUAUCUGGAUAUAGGGAAUCAUGAGGCCAGGGCUAUUACGCCCAGACCAGGCGUUAGACUUUCUUCGCCCGUCGUCAUAAUAUGCCCAUCUGCGAGCACCGCGCACUCGAUGUCUGUUGGAGCUCAAAAUCGCGGGGAUGCACCUGUGCUCGAGUUCAUCAGCCAACCAUGCGGACCGCGCAAAUUGGCAAAAACAUUAGAAGCGUGUAUCAACCGUCAGCAGCUGCGGGUUGACUCCCUCCCGGGCGAAGGAGAUGUACCGGACGGUUCAGGGAGCUUCCCAGCCCAGGUCAGCACCAAUGAGCCUCGAAUGGACUCGUUUCUUAGCCCGUCGUCAAAUGGAGAGGUCAGCGAAGACUCCACAACAAAAGCGGCAACAGAUCCAGAAACAUACAGCCAAGGCUCAGUGGGAAUGCGCGAGUCGUUGAGACUCUCUCGGGGGGAUAUUGACGACCAGCCUUCUCCAUCUGAAGAAGCCGCCACCACGAGCCACGACACACCCAUGGAAAAGGAAAAUGACCGUGAAUCAGACCUUCCAACGACGGUUCUUCUUGUGGAUGACAAUGAUAUCAAUCUCAGAAUUCUUAUUGCUUUUAUGAAGAAGUUGAACUGUGAUUAUUUUAUUGCGCAAAACGGAGAAGAAGCCCUCGAGGUGUUCAAGGCCAAUUCCUCUGUCAUUGGAAUGAUUUUCAUGGAUAUCUCCAUGCCAAUCAUGGACGGCCUAGAAGCUACUAGACGAAUCCGCGAGUUUGAGAAAACACUGGAAACCAAACCCCCCGUCAGAAUUGCUGCCUUGACUGGCGUUGCGCAAGCCGAUAUGCAACGCGACGCGAUUGGGUCUGGUAUGGAUUUAUUCCUCACCAAACCCGUACGGCUGAAGAGUUUAGUGCCGAUAAUCAGAGGCAUAUUGCCCCCGACCCAUGCACUAUGGCAAGAGCAGUAA